UCUUCCAAACGUUCGACAGCGACGAUGCGUUCGUUGAAACACAAAAAAAGCGUUAUAUUUAUAAGUGAAAUGCUGAUUUGAAUUCAGAACGUUUUUAGCUGUUUUCACAACAAAUUACCUUCAAUAAAACUCACUCAACAUGUCUUUGGAUGAACAAUUCAAUGCCGCCGCCGAAAGCGUCAAGACCAUGACCAAGCGUCCCACCGACGAUGAAUUCUUGGAAUUGUACGCCCUCUUCAAGCAAGCCACCGUCGGCGACAACACCACCGACAAGCCCGGUAUGUUGGACUUGAAGGGCAAGGCCAAAUGGGAAUGGUGGAACAAGCAAAAGGGCAAAUCCCAAGAGGCUGCCAAGAAGGAAUACAUUGAAUUCGCCGCCAAAUUGGUUGCCAAAUACACAUAAAUAGA